UCAGACAAGUGAGAGCGUCGCGUUGCAGGCGUUCGUCGUCUUCAAACGACGCGAAUCCCACGAUAAUACCGUCAGUGUGUCAUUUAAAGUCCUACACAAUGAAAUUAGAAGUGAAGGCAUAUGUAUAAUAACAGGCUGAAGUAAAGGCUGUGUGUAGAGAGGGAGGGAGACGGAGGAAAGUCCUGCCCUUUCUGAAAGAUUUCCUGUUUCGCUGGGCGAGCAGAAGCAAGCGACUCAAGCCAUCGGAUUCCCUCACAGUGACUGUUGACUUCAGCAGCAUGAGACGCUCUCCUUUCCUCAGGAUCAGCCGCUGAAAUUCACUAGGCUUUCUGGUCAAACAACGCCAGCUUGGUUACGUUCACAUUAAAGCGAGGGAUACGGACAGCACUGCGUUUCUAAUGGAGCAUUAUUGGCUUUCUCUGCUCUGUUGGGGGACUUUUUUUAUUUCUUCGGCUGUCAUGGAGCGGAGCGGAGUCGAUGGGAUGCAUCCUUUACAUAAUUCAAUUCCAAUUCGUCAACUGUGUAAGUUCUGUGACGUGGAGGCAUCCGACUGUAAAGGCUCAGGCACCUGUGAAAGCAACUGCAGCAUCACUUCCAUUUGUGCCAAUACUGAUGAAAUCUGUGUGGCUAUCUGGAGGAAGAGUGAUGACAACAACACGAUCGAGACGUUGUGCCACAAACCCUCUGAGCCACUCUACGGCAUCAUGGUGGAGAACUACAACAACACCAAGUGUGAAAUGAAAAAGAGGAUGUCAAACAGAGGCCCUUUCCACAUGUGCUCCUGCAACGCCGAGGAGUGCAACGACAUACUGAUGUUCACGCUCCCUAUUGGUCCAGACCCCACAAAUAACCAGGUGGUGUUGGUGAUCCUGGUCAGUUUGCUGCCCCUCCUGGUUCUGGCUGUGCUGGUCAUCGCCUCCUUUUACUGGUAUCGCAUGUACCACCGCCGCAAACUCGAUGAGUGGGAGACGAAGAAGCCGUCAAAACGCAAGGGCCCCAAAGGCCCGCUGGACUGUAGCGAUGCCUGCGCCAUCAUGAUGGACGAUGACGGCUCCGACAGCAGCUCCACACAUGCCAACAACCUCAACCACAACACAGAACCUCUGCCCAUCGAGCUGGACCUUCAGGUGGGCAAAGGCCGCUUCGCCGAGGUUUACAAAGCCAAGCUGAGACAAAGCCCCUCGGAACAGUUUGAGACAGUCGCGGUGAAGAUCUUCCCCUACGAAGAGUACGCAUCCUGGAAGAAUGAAAAGGACAUCUUCUCAGACAUCAAUCUGAAGCACGAGAACAUUCUGCACUUCCUGACGGCCGAGGAGAGGAAGGUGGAGAAACAGUACUGGCUGGUCACCGCCUAUCAUCCACACGGGAACCUGCAGGAGUACCUCAUUCGACACCUCAUCAGCUGGGAGGACCUGCGGCUGCUCGGGAGCUCGCUGGCACAAGGUGUUGCUCAUUUGCAUAGUGACCACACCCCUUGUGGGCGGCCCAAAGUGCCCAUCGUUCACCGAGAUCUGAAGAGCUCUAACAUCCUGGUGAAGAAUGACCUCACUUGUUGCCUCUGUGACUUUGGACUUGGUCUCCGUCUUGACAACUCGCUGUCAGUGGAUGACUUGGCCAACAGUGGACAGGUGGGUACAGCCAGGUACAUGGCUCCAGAAGUGCUGGAAUCAAGGAUCAACCUUGAGAACAUCGAGUCAUUCAAGCAAACCGAUGUCUACUCCAUGGCCCUAGUGCUGUGGGAGAUCACGUCCAGGUGUAACGCCAUCGGAGAGGUUAAAGACUACGAACCUCCGUUUGGCUCAAAAGUCCGAGAGCACCCCUGUGUGGAGAGCAUGAAAGACAAUGUGCUGAGAGACCGGGGCAGACCAGAGAUCCCCAGCAGCUGGAUGAAACACCAGGGUGUGGCUACAGUCUGUACCACCAUCAACGAGUGCUGGGAUCACGACCCCGAAGCCCGGCUCACGGCACAUUGUGUGGCUGAACGCUUCAGCGAGAUGGACGACGACUUAGACAAGUUGUCCACCUGCAGCAGCUCUGAGGAGAAGAUUCCAGAAGAUUGCUCCGUGAGCGUGAGCGAUGACAAGUGAGAGAGAAAGGUCACUCUUUCUCUCUCUCUGCAGAAACUGAAUGUUUGGAUCCUUCCAGUGGGGUGGAGUGGAAGAAUAUGGCCUUUUCAUUAAGCUUUUCAUAACCAAAGAUUUCAUGCACUUUAUCAGAUUAUGCAUAGCUCACACUGAGGAAGGUCAUGCUACCGAGCAAGAGGAGCUGGACAGAUGCUGGUUUUCUCCUCUGAGAGCUGACCAAGAGCCAAAUGUAAUCAGGAAAAUGUUAUGCCUCAACACUAAAGAUUCAUAGGAGAUUAUAAGAUUUUCUACAGAUCACUUCAGGAUUUUCUAGAUUUAUGGAAGAAUGGGUUAAGUGAGAGAUUUGUGUGUUUGUGUGCAUGAGUGUGUAAGAAUACUAGCGUGUGUGUUUGGAGUUGCUUUUGCCGAGAAAUGUAUUGUGCUUGUUAGCCAAAGAAAAAAGUAUAUUGUAAAUACUGCUUUUGACAUAAAAAUCAACCCACACUAUUGAGAGAGCCAAAAAGGGAAGAGUAUAUGCUGCACAUACCAAAAAUGUGUUAAAUGAACAGUAUUUUGAAGUUCACAAAGUGCCUCAUAUAUUCACAUAUCCUGGAUAUUGAGUUGUGCUUCUCUUUUACUACUUUUUUAUGUAAUAUAUUGUAAAUCUUUGAUGAUUAAAUUCCAAUUCAUGUACAGUAUCAACACUAAAA